AUGCAACGGACCAUCUUAAUCUUAUUCAUAGGCUUAGGGCAUGAACAUUCCACAACGUCGCGCCCAGAAACUCCAGAAUCUGGCUGCUCACAAGUACGAAGUAGCCCAAACGACACCAGCCCCCUUGGAUCGAAGAAAGCCCGAAAAGCCAGAACGAUUUUCACCGAUAAACAAUUACAAGAACUCGAAUCAACAUUUGAGAAGCAAAAAUAUCUCAGCGUACAGGAUCGUAUGGAUUUGGCACAACGUAUGGGAUUAACGGAUACACAAGUGAAAACCUGGUAUCAAAAUCGAAGGACGAAAUGGAAGCGACAAGCGACGACGGGUAUGGAACUGCUGAACGAGGCCGGAAACCUGGCCGCCGUCCAAAAUCUGCUCCGCUCCAACCCCUACUGGGCCGGCUACGUGGGCCAACUC